AUGCCAAAGAGAGCGAUGGGUUCCAUGCUGGAAAGAAAGGUCAGGGUGGAAAGAACAGAUGGAGUGAACAAAGUGGAAGAUGCUAACCUUGAAGCGGGCGGACAGGCCGAAGGGAGCGGGUGGUCUGAUGCUGCCAAAAAAAAAGGUGAAAUUGAGGAUCUCGCCGUCGUUCUGGCUCAUAGACUGAUAGAGGUGCAGGAGAAAUGGAUGGGCGGGCAGGCCGAUAGACUGAUAGAGGUGAAGGAGAAAUGGAUGGGUGGGCAGGCCGAACGUCCGGAGCUGACAUUCUCAUGGAGCUUGGAGGAGAAAUGGAUGGGCGGGCAGGCCGAACGUCCGCAAACGGACAGGCUGAAGAGAGUGAAGAAAAUGAAAAGGUCAGAGUCCACAGAACGGACAGACCAGAGAAAGAGAAAGACACGCACAAAAGGGAAAUUGGCCCCUGGCAGGCAAGAACGACAGGAACGGAGGUCCAACGAACGAUUGUACGGCGGGCGCACGACGCGCGCCUCCACAUUCGCUCCCAAAUGGCUAGCGGGCGCCCCAAGAUCUCGCUCAGAUCUUGGUCUUGAAUGGGGCCGCCGGAUCUCGCGCAGAUCCACCCCAGCUAAGGGGCCUCAGCCAAAGUGGGAGUCGAGUGUUCAGCGUUGGCCACAGCGCCGCCGUGCAAAAGCCGGAAAAGGGACGACGCUGAAAACGAAAGGAUCGGCACGAACGAACCUCUGUGGGACGACGACGACGACGACGCAACGGGUGUUUGGGGGGGUGGGAAACGACGGCGGUCGGGGUUUGAAAAAAAAAAACCCCGUUCAGUCAUGUACACAGGUGGUGACCCCGGUUGGCUUUGGCGGGGGUCACCAGCGAGGUCACCAGGCUGGGGUGGUACCCGGGGGUAUACUCUAUGUAUCUCAGUCUCUCAGAUGA